AUGAUGUCCAUCCUCUCAGCUCUUCUCUGCCUCGGGCUGAGUCUGGAACAGAGGCUCCAUGUGCAUGCAGGGACCCUCCCCAAACCCACACUCUGGGCUGAGCCAGGACCUGUGAUCCCCUGGGGGAGCCCAGUCACCAUCUGGUGUAAGGGUUCCCCUGGGGCUGAGGAGUACCAUCUGGAUAAAGAGGGAAGCGCAACACCAGUGUACCAACAGGAGCCAUUGGAGCCCGGGGACAAGGCCAACUUCUCUAUCACAUACAUGACAGACCAUAUUGCAGGGAUAUAUCGCUGUAACUACCACAGCCCUACUAACUCGUCAGAGCACAGUGACCCCAUGGAACUGGUGGUGACAGGAUCCUAUGGCAAACCAAGCCUCUCAGCCCUGCCCAGCCCUGUGGUGACCUCAGGAGGGAACGUGACCCUCCAGUGUGGCUCAGGGCAGAAAUUUGACAGGUUCAUUCUGACUAAGGAAGGAGAUCACAGGUUCUUCUGGGCCCUGGACCCACAGCCACAGCUCAGUGGGCAGUCCCAGGCCCUGUUCCCUGUGGGCCCCGUGACCCCCAGCCACACGGGGAGGUACAGAUGCUAUGGCUGCUAUAGGAACUGGCCUCAUAUGUGCACAAGCCCCAGUGAUACCCUGGAGCUCCUGGUCCCAGGUGAGUCUGGGAAGCCCUCCCUCCUGAGCCAGCAGGGCCCCAUCGUGGCCUCUGGACAGAGCCUGAACCUCCAGUGUCGCUCUGAUGUUGCCUACGACAGAUUCGCUCUGCACAAAGAGGGGGGACUGGACCUCCCCCAGAGCGUUGUCCUGCAGCCCCAGGCUGGGCUCUCUCAGGCCCACUUCCCCCUGGGAACUGUGAGCAGCUCCCACGGGGGCCGGUACAGAUGCUACGGUGGAUACAAGCUCUCCUCUGAGUGGUCGGCCCCCAGCGACCCCCUGGACAUCCUGUUGGCAGGAUGGCUGCCUGACACACCCUCCCUCUUGGUGCAGCCAGGCCCCAGGGUGGCCUCAGGAGAGAACGUGACCCUGCUGUGUCAGUCACAGAGCCUGAGUGGCAUGUUCCUUCUGUCCAAAGAGGGGACAGCUGAUCCCCCCCUGCGUAUGAGAUCAGAGUACAGAGCUCGGUUGUACCAGGCAGAGUUCUCCAUGAGUCCUGUGACCUCAGCCCACGGGGGAACCUACACGUGCUACAGCUCACUCAGCUCCUCCCCCUACCUGCUGUCAUACCCCACUGAGCCCCUGGAGCUCAUGGUCUCAGAACCCUCUGGAGGCUCCAGCCCCCCACCCACAGGGCCCCCUUCCACAGCUGGAGGCUCUGAGGAUUGUUCUCUGCCACCCACAGGAUCAGGUCCACAGAUGGGUCCAAAAUGGUACUGGAUCGGGGUCUUGGUGGCCUUGGUCCUGCUGCUCUCCCUCCUCCUCUUCCUCCUCCUCAGACACCGAUGUCAGAGCAAAGGCAGGACCUCAGGGACCACACCCCCCGAGGACAAGGACAGAGGCCUGCAGAUCAGCUCCAGCUCAGCUGUGGACACCCAGGAGGAAGCUCUUUAUGCUUCUGUGAAGGACCCGCAGCCUGGGGAGAGCAUAGAGCUAGACCCUCAGACCAGGCAGGAUGAAGGUUCUCAGGGAGUGACGUAUGCCCAGGUGAACCGCUCAAGACCAAGAUCCGUGCUGGGAAUGGCUACCUCUCUUUCUCAUCCGUUGAGGGGAUUGCUGGACACAAAGAGCAGACAAGCAGAAGAGGACAGAGAGAUGAACAGUCAGGCUGCACCUGACGUCCCCCAGGAUGUGACCUACGCCCAGCUGAACCCUUUGGCCCUCAAUCAGAGGACAACUGCACCCAGUUUCUUCCCAUCUGAUGAGCCCCCAGAUGAGCACAUUGUGUACAUUGCUCUGUCUGUUCCCUAG